AUGGCAGACAACCGCCCCCCCGCCGACGUCGACGACGAGCUCCCCGCCUCUUCGACCGCCAAGUCGGCCGAGGACCGCAAGGCCGCCUCGGCCCUCGCCAGCCUCGACGCCAGCCACGACGAUGCCGCCGCCACCGCCAGCAAGCACGUCGACCGCCGCGCCGUCGAUGAGGCCAUGAAGCGCCUCGGCGGCGUCGUGCCCUCCUCCUCCUCCUCCGCUGCCGCUGCCGCCUCCUCCAAGGCCAAGGCCGCCGCCGCCGCAUCUCCCGUCAAGAACGUAAAGGUGGAUGCUGCCGACGUUGCCCUCGUCGUCGACCAGCUCGAGCUGCCCCGCCCCAAGGCGACGGAGCUCCUCAAGGCACACGACGGUGACGCCGUAAAGGCCAUGCGGGCCUACAUCAGCGCAUAG